AUGGAAGCGAGGAGAGUCUCUAAGUUCACAUCGAGUGGUGGAUUGUUUACAAAGACAGUCAAUGUGAAUGAGACCGGAGUGAUGAUCAGCAUGACUGAUCGUUAUAGUCCUGAUGUGAGUGACAAUGUGAUUACUUGGAUGAAAGAUGGAAGUGAGGUUCUUACAUCAUUUGGUGGGCAGACUCAGAUCAACUUCCCAAACCCAAUCCAGACAGCAGACCAAGGAAUCUAUGAGAUCUACUAUAAAAACGAGAGGGAUCAAAAUAGAGGAGGACUAUACAGACUCAUCGUCAGAGAAUGCCCUGCUGGUAAGUGGGGUCCUCCUGAGUGUUAUGGUAUCUGUGAUAAUUGCUACAAUGGUGGAGUCUGUGGUGACAAGUCUGGUCUAUGUAUCUGUCCUAACAACUUCAAGGGAACGAAUUGUUUAGACAAAACGAUGGCGGAAAUCGAUUUGGAUUGA